AUGGUAUACAUCUUGCUUACGUUAAGUGUUGGGGAUACCAAUCAUGACAAACUAACAGUAUCUGCAAGACCAGAAAAAAUAGACGCCCAAUAUUUGAUGAAUACAGCAAAUCUUAUGCCGCCUGGUUAUUUACUCUCUAAGGAAACGGCUGCUUUUAACAAGAGCGAUAAUGCAUUUUGCAGUAUGAACCUCGAAAAUAUAAAAUCAGUUUUGAGUAUUGAAUCCAAUAAAGUUACACCGAUUGUGGCCGAUAAAGGAGACGCAAAUGCUAGUGAAGAAGUAAGAAGUGUUCUCGAAAAAAUCAUAGAUGUAAUAGAAACUGACCAAUUGGACCCUGAAAAAUGUGGCAAACGGAAAAAUAUUGUCGAAGAGGAUCUGUAUUUAUCAUCGGACACGGAUCCUUUCCAAACUGAUGAUGAAGAAAACGACCCUAAUUUUAAUCCACAAGAAAGCAAAAAGAAGAGAAAAACUUUAAUUUUGAAAACAAUUAUCAAGAAACUGAUACAAGUUCUAACACAGAUGAAAAGAAUAAAAAUGCUAGAAAAAUAUCUAAAAAAAAGCUAA